AGAUGGGUUUGGAUGAGGACGAGCAGGGGCUGCUGUUUCUGGGAUCACUGGAUGGCCCGUUGCCUGAAUAUCCUGAGUUGGCCAGUCAUUUGUGGCCUUUGAAAGGCUUGCGUAGAUGCUAUGUGGUGGGCACUUGCUCCAGCAAGGAGCAUGUGCAUCCCAAACUCUUGGAGCUCUUUCACGAGAACCUAGUGGAGCUUCCCUCUUUGGGCUUUGGGCCGGCGCGAGUGGCGGCGCCACCGCGGACGCCCGGAGCGAGCGAGGGGCAAGAAGUGUUGCUGGGGCGAGAGGCGCUGAAGGAGGAGUUGCAGACGACGGUGGUCCAGUAUUUUACCUCAGCCACUUGUCCGAAGUGGAGACCUUCCGAGCCAUGGGAGUCCAAUGGCCUCCACGGACCUUGCUCCAUGGGCCGUCGGGCAGCGGCAAGACGCAGCUUCUGCGGUGGCUGGCUGAUCGGGUGGCGCCCUACGCAGAGGUCACCUGGCUGCGGCCCGCAGAGGUGUUCUCCCGGUACUUGGGCGAAAGUGAGGAGCGGCUGCGCAACGCCUUUGCAGCGGUCCAGAACAAAGAGGCGGCAGUGCUGAUACUGGAGGGCCUUGACGAGUUCGUGAAGCCCAGUUCGACCGACUCCACCGGUGUUCAUGGACGCUUGGCAGCGACCCUGCUGACCUUGUUGGAUGGCAUCGAAGGCCCCUCCAGGACUCGUGGCCUCGCCAUUUGUGCCAGCACCCGGCGCCCAGCAGUGGAGCUGGAUGGGCGGCUCACGCGGCCAGGGCGCAUGGACCGGUGGCUCAGGGUUUCGGAGCCCAACGACUCUGAGCGCCUGGCCUUGCUCCAGCACUUCCUCGAACGCAGUGUGGAGCGUCGCAUGCGCUCGUGUGACCCGAAGAUGAAGACUGAAAUGGUCGGCGCCACGGCGGGAAUGUGGCCUGGGCAGUUGAGAUGCCUCGCGCAGAACGCCGUGUCACGCUGCUCGAUCUCAAGCGGCGGAAAGGCCGAUCUCAAGGAUGAGCAGGUGUGGGAAGCGGUCCUUCGAGCCCUGGCUCCGUCACUGGCUCCCACCGCGUCCGCGUCCUCUCCGUCCGUGCCCUCCGCGUCCUCGCUGGCCGCAUGUUUGGCACGCGCCGCGGCCACGGAGCUGCCGGAUGAUGAUGACUUCUAAGCGCCUUUUUUGAUGGAUCUGGCCGGAGCCAAGAGAAUCCGCCGAGAUGGGCACGGCCUAUAGUUCUUGGGGACUUCAAGGAUUACAUAUUUCUUCAAAGCGAACGCAGCUAGCAGCGCAAGGAGAAUCAGGCAGAUGGCCGGGGGGCAUGUAUGUGGGCCUUCCGCGCAGCGCCACGGAGCUGCGCUUGUGGCGUGUUUCGGAGUUGGAGCAUCUUCAACCAGCAGCGGUCAGCCCAGCGCCUCCCGUUGCUUCGACCCAGCCUCCGCGGUUCCGUCGCUGGAGUUGAAGGCGAUGGAGGUACCGAUGUGAGCUUGCAACCCAUUCAUUGGCAGCAUGGGACCGAAAAAGAGCUGAAC